ACGGAUGUAUAACGGAGCCCGUUAUGUCUACAGAACAAUAAAGAAGACGCUACCGAUGGCACGUGACACCACAGAGGUUUUAAUUUAAUUUACAAACAAUUAGCUUCUAAGUACACCACGUAGACUGGCAGACACCAGAUUAAUAAAUAAUUAAAAUAAAAGACUACAGGAAGACACGCGCGUCUUCUGUUGAAAGUUUCAUCGAUCUGCGCGCUCUCGCCGCGUGAUGCUGAGUUGAGUUCGCGGGGGUCUCGCGGAACGGCGCGAACACUCCGUAACGGUUUCUCAGUGGAUGUACUUUCAAUUUCUGUCGUGAGAGGAGUUCAUUUCGGAUGUGUAGUGUGAAAUGUGAGCCCGUUACCGGAUUCCGAGGCUGGGUGAACCGCAAUGACAGCUCGGUUCGUGCUUGAGGAGGGGUCAACCGUCUCAUUUCUGAGGUCAUUACAGUGCUGAAUUCACAGUGCAACCCACAGAUGCUUUAGAAAACAAACUUCAUCACCAGAAGGCUCGGAGACGAAGCACUCCUGUUCAUGGAGGGCCGCUGGACCCCGCUGCAGUUUCUGGGGGCGUACCUGGUCCUCCUGGCUGCCGAGGCACGCUUGAUUACAGGCCAGGGCAUCUACACCAACACGUGGGCCAUCCACAUCGAAGGGGGAGCUGAGGAGGCUGAGAGGAUUGCACACAAACAUGGUUUCAUCAGUCACGGGCAGGUUUUCGGGGAUUAUUAUAAUUUCCAGCACAGGGGUGUAGUGAGAAGAUCUUUGUCCGGCCAUCGCGGGGUUCAUGUCCGAUUGCACGCCGAGCCACAGGUGAUUUGGGCAGAGCAGCAAAUUGCCAAGCGGAGACGCAAGAGAGACAUUCAUGCUGAACCCACAGAUCCCAAAUUCCCCCAGCAGUGGUACCUGUACAACCCCAGUCAUGGAGACCUGAAUGUGAAGGAGGCCUGGUCCCAGGGAUUCACAGGAAGAGGAGUGGUCGUGACCAUUCUGGAUGAUGGCAUUGAGAAAGAUCACCCAGAUCUAGCGAGAAACUAUGAUCCCGACGCCAGUUAUGAUGUGAACGACAGAGAUCCAGACCCUCAGCCCAGAUACACACAGCUGAAUGACAACAGACACGGGACACGUUGUGCCGGGGAGGUGGCGGCAGCGGCAAACAAUGGCGUCUGUGGAGUGGGUGUGGCUUACAAUGCCAAAAUCGGAGGUGUGCGGAUGUUGGACGGAGAGGUAACAGAUGUUGUGGAGGCUCAGUCUCUGAGCUUGAACUCCCAGCACAUCCACAUUUACAGCGCAAGCUGGGGCCCCGAGGACGAUGGGAAGACAGUCGAUGGCCCUGCCAAACUGGCCAAAGAAGCUUUCCUGCAGGGGGUUACUGAGGGUCGAGGUGGACUGGGCUCUAUCUUCGUGUGGGCAUCGGGUAACGGAGGGCGAGAGCGGGACAGCUGCAACUGUGACGGAUACACCAACAGCAUCUACACGCUCUCCAUCAGCAGCACCACACAGUAUGGCAACGUGCCGUGGUACAGCGAGGCCUGUUCCUCCACCCUCGCCACCACCUAUAGCAGCGGAAACCUCAACGAGAAACAGAUUGUGACGACGGACCUGAGGAAGAAGUGUACAGAUUCGCACACGGGCACGUCCGCCUCGGCUCCCCUGGCCGCGGGAAUCAUCGCUCUCGCUCUGGAGGCCAACAUGAACCUGACUUGGAGAGACAUGCAGCAUCUCGUUGUAAGAACCUCACGUCCCGCCCACCUGAUAACCAACGACUGGAGAACCAAUGGUGUGGGGCGAUUAGUGAGCCAUUCUUACGGCUACGGUCUGCUGGACGCUAGCGCCAUGGUCGCUUUGGCCCAGAACUGGACCAGCGUGGGGCCGCAGCACAAAUGUGUCAUUAAUAUGCUGACCGAGCCCAGGGAUGUAAGAAACCACCUGAUCUUCAGCAGAAGUGUAGAGGCCUGCUCUGGACAACAGGAUUUUGUAAGCUCUUUGGAACAUGUGCAGGCCAGACUCACCCUCUCCUAUAACCACAGAGGAAACCUGGCUGUUCACCUCAUAAGCCCACUGGGAACUCGCUCCACACUGCUGGCUCCAAGGCCUCAGGAUAACUCAGCCGAAGGAUUCAACGACUGGGCAUUCAUGACCACUCACUCUUGGGAUGAGGACCCUCGGGGAGAAUGGACGCUGGAGAUUGAGAAUGUGGCUGGACUUAAUGAUUACGGCGUUCUUUCUCAGUUCACCCUCAUCUUAUAUGGCACCGGCUCCAGUGCCACAGAUCCGUCCAUUUCCGAUUACACCCGGCCUUCAAACAACAGCUGCAAAACCUUUGACACCCAGCAGAUCUGCAUCGAAUGCAGCACAGGUUUCUUGCUUUUCUUACAAGGCUGCGUGAAGUCCUGCCCUCCCGGCUUCAGCUCUGGGCUGCAGGUGCUCAACUUGUCGUUGGACAACUGGGUGGAGCACUCUACCGUACAAGCGUGCCUGCCCUGCCACCCGUCCUGCCUGACGUGCUUCGGGUCCGGGGAGAACGAAUGUCUGUCCUGUCCCCCUCCCAGUCACUUAGUGGUCACUUCUUGCUUGCACCAGAACCAGGUGCAGCGAAAAUCGCCAAGCGUUCCCGUGCUCCAGCACGGAGUGGAUCCGAACUCGGACAAAUCCUUGCACGAUCCCGGCCUGUCCUCGAGACUGCCAGCGUUGGUGGCGGUGCUUAGCUGUGCCUUCAUCCUGGCCACUUUCGCAGCCGUUUUUGUGCUGCUUCAGCUGCACUCCGGAGCAGCCAGAGCCCCUUUCUGCCGGAGGACCAAGCUGCCGGUGAUGGACACGGGCGGAGGGGGAAUACGAGUGGGCUUCGGGUUCGGACUCGGCCGGGGGAAAGUGUCGUACCGUGGGAUCCCCACUGUGUGGGGGGACGAGGAUGCAGCAGGAGGGAUGAAUUCUGAGUCGGACAGCGAAGAGCUGGAGUAUCACAGCGAAAAGACAGCUUUUAUACGGACUCAGAGUGCUCUUUAACGCCUCAUGUAGGCUUUUAUUUUACAUCUGUCUUCCUUGUACUGGGAUACAGAAGUAGUGUGCACUACUCAGACUGCGAAUAUGAGAAGUUUAUGCGUGUGUGUGAGAGAGAAUGCCAAUGGUUUGACCCGAAUGUGAUUAAACCCAUCUCUGCUACGCUACGCUGAAUGAUUCCCUUUUAUUUGUCUUAGUGGUCUGGCUCUAAAGCCCUGAGAUUUGAACCACUAAACAAGAUCAAUACCAUCAUUGGGUGUGUGCGAGUGCAUAGAUGCGUUUGUUGUGCGCAUGUGCGUUUGAUUAACUUGAGUGACUUUGUAACACAACAUAAGGGCUGUAAUUUGUUCCAGUCUACUUUUAUUAAAAGUUCAGACUGUUUUAUGCACAAAAACUUCUUGCACUUCUGUAACUUCCAUUGCCGUUACAUCACUCAUCAUUUGUGCGAUAAAUCCUUACACCCUGACAAUAAAGUCUGCUCUCUCUGCUAGUCAAAGGCAGCUCCGGGAUAUUUCCACUGAUUCGAUCAGGGAUGAUUUAACUGUGCAUAAUUUCUGUUGCAACAGAGAUGUAAAGCAAAGCGAACCAUAGCAGCAUGGAAUUAGAUAACACGCAAACCUCUGCCUGCUAAGGGCCUCCGGCACGGAUUCAGAACAGUAGGAAUCAAAGACAAACAAACGAUCGAAAUGCUGAAGUGAAACACCGCUCGAUGUGCACAGAUCUUAUCUGUCGGUCAAGCUACAUACAGCACCGUCUUAGAUUAAGAAAUACCAGAAAUAACUUGAUAAACAUCACAUUUAUCAUUUUUGUUAUGUCAGAGAAGUUUUAUCGUAGCUUUGACCUCAAUUACGUUCGUUUUGUCAGUUCUGUCUCAGCUAAUUAGCAUGUACCUUCACAGAUGGCUCUGUGAAUUUCCAUUAUGGGUUUUCAAUAGUAGUGUUUGAACAAAAAGAGAACUUUGUCCCAGAGGUUAUUUUAUUGAUUCUCACUUCGGAGUUUGACUUCAAAACUUGUCUGUGCUAACACAAAGGAGCCUCAAGAGAAAAUGUGUCAUAUAUUUCCCAAAAGGUCAGUGUCAGCCCUGAGACACGAACUCAACAAUUUGUGGAGCUCUGGUUGGGUCGUUUUUUAUAAUCAUGUGGCAUUUGAGUGGUACAGAGAUACCAAUGGCACUUUAAAGGAUUAGUUCAUUCCUGAAUUAAAAAAAGGAAACAUUCCAGGAUUUUUCUCCAUAUAGUGCACAUAAAUGGAGAUCAACGGGUUGAAGGUCCAAACUGCAGUUUCAGUGCAGCUUCAAAGGGCUCUACACGAUCUCAGACGAGGAAUAAGGGUCUUAUCUAGUGAAACGAUUGGUCAUUUUCUAAAAAAAUAGACAUUUAAUUACUUUAUUAACCACAAAUACUCAUCUUGCACUAGCUCUACGAUGCGCAGCCUGGACUUUGCGCAUUAUGUAAUCACGUGAAAGGUCAAGCCGAGUUAGUUUUUCGUCUUUGUUUAAUUUUCUCAAAACUGUCCAACAUCAUUGUUUUACUAUUGUUUUACUAGUCCAGCUAUUGCGAGAUGAGCAUUUGUGGUUAAAAAGUAUAGAAAUUUUAUUUUUUUUAGAAAAUGACUGAUCGUUUCACUAUAUAAGACCCUUAUUUUUCAGCUGGGAUUGUGUAGAGCCAUUUGAAGCUGCAGUUUGGAUCUUCAACCCACUGAUCCCCACUGAAGUCCACUAUAUGGAGAAAAAUCCUGGAUUGGAUCCCUUAAUGUCUUUUCAACUGAAGAGAGAAAGACAUGAACAUCUUGGAUGACCUAGGGACAAGUAAAUUAUCAGGAAAAAAUAUCUAAUUCAACUGAUCCAAAAAGCUAGUAUACUACCUACACAGGUAGCUUCCUUCUAAGGCAGCAUGCUGACCGAAAAAAUAAAUAACAGAUUUGGAGAGCCCUUCAUAGGCAGCCACAAAGACAGCUCAACUCAUAAUUAAUUCAAAUAGAGUUGACUAUAGCAUGCUGCUAAGCUAAUGAUGCAAUACAUUUAAUAAGAACAAAAAUACAUGAAAAUUGGGUACAGUUUAUUUUAUAUUCAUUUUCAUCUAUUAUCUAGUGUUAUAAUAAAUAAUUCAAUAGAAUUACAUUGCUGUUUAAAUGUUGCUAUUUUAUUUAUAUUCUAUUCAGCAAGGAUGCAUUGAAAUGUGAAUCAACAGUGACAGUAGACGUUUAAAAUGUUACAACCUAUUUCUGUUUCAAAUAAAUACUUUUUAGCUAGUAAUUUCAUAGUAUUACUCUAUUCAAAAACUUAUCAUUCAAUAAUCUUACCAACCCAAAUCUUAUUUUAUUUUAAACUACUUAGUAAUAUUGAACUAUUUAUUGUUUACAUUUAAUUAUUAUCCAUACUAAAUAAAUUGUUCAAUAUACACUCCCAGUCAAAAGUUUUUGAACAGUAAGAUUUUUAUGUUUUUCAAAGAAAUCUUUUCUGCAUUUAUUUGAUCCAAAAACAUAUACAAUAUAUUUACUAUUUAAAAUAACUGUUUUCUAUUUGAAUAUAUUUUAAUUGUAAUUUAUUCCUUUGAUCAAAGCUGAAUUCUUCAAUGUCACAUGAUCCUUCAGAGAUUAUUCUAAUUUGCUGAUUUGCUGUUUAAGAAACAUUUUUUCUAUUAUUAUUAUCAAUAUUUCAAACAGUUGAGUAAUUUUAAGAUUCUUUGAUGAAUAGAAAGAUCCAAAGAUUAUAGAAUUAUAGAAAUGAAUACUUCUGUUUAACAAGGAUGCUUUAAAUUGAUCAAAAGUGAUGAUAAAGACAUGUUCCAAAAGAUGCCUGUUGCAGAUAAAUGCUGUUCUUCUGAACUUUCUAUUUAAAGAAACCUGAAAAAAAUUCUACUCAGCUGUUUUCAACAUAAUAAUAAUAAUAAUAAUAAUAAUAGUUUUUUAAACAGCAAAUCAGAAUAUUAGAAUGAUUUCUGAAGGAUCAUGUGACAUGAGUAAUAAUGCUAAAAUUUCAGCUUUGAAAACGCAGGAAUAAAUUAUAUUUUAAAAUGUAUUCAAAUAAAAAAAAGUUAAUUUAAAUAGUAAAAAUAUUUCAAAAUUGUAGUUUUUGUUGUGCUUGGGAUCAAACGCAGGCUUGGUGAGCAGAAGAGACUUCUUUAAAAACAUUCAAAAUCUUACUGUUCAAAAACUUUUGACUGGUAGUGUAAUAAGAUAUUUACUCACAUUUAUCAUCCGUACUUACUGGAGUUGAAUGAACUGUCUGGAUAUCUUCUGUAUUACCAAAGGUGUCAUCACUUGUGCUUGAACCACUACAGAAUCAAUCUGCCAUGGAUGAAUGUUUUUACUAAGCCUGUCGCAAUGCAUUUUGGGAUUAGCUUAUACAUGCUGAACGCUGUCUUAGAGUGAUGUAUCUUAGAAGGCAGCAUGAUAUUGCUACCUACCUUUUACAGUCUAUGAUGCCUUAAAAUGCAGUCCCAUUUGAAAAACACAAUGGGAGUAAUUCAUUAUAGCACAUCGCGUUCAGCAUCGCAUUAACGCAUUUAACAGUUUUGUUGCUGCUGUCAAUACUGCAGUCAUUAAAUUAAUUACAAACAUCUGUUGCAUU